UUCACAUUCACUAUAUAUGUGACAGGUGGGAGUCUUCAAAGAGCUGGACGGAUCACACGGGGCAGGCUCGCCGGCCAACAUGGGGAAGAUAAUCUUCUACGAGGGCAAGGACUUCUGCGGGCGCCAUUUUGAGUGCAGCGAUGACUGCGCCGACCUGAUGUUCCUCCUCAGAAGCUGCAACUCCGUCAGGGUUGAGAACGGCUGCUUCAUGAUCUAUGAGAAACCCAACUACUCUGGCAACCAGUACUACCUGAGGCGAGGGGAGUAUCCCGACUUCCGUCAGUGGACGGGGGACAGCGACUCCGUCUGCUCCUGUCGCCUCAUCCACUUGGAGCCUGGCUCGUUCAACAUGCGCCUGUAUGAGCGAAUCGAGUUCGGGGGCCAGAUGAUGGACCUGGUGGAGGACUGCCCCAGCGUCAUUGACCGCUUCCACGUCAACAACAUCUUUUCCUGCAACGUGACCGAUGGCAACUGGCUCUUCUACGAGCACCCACACUACCGGGGCCGGAUGUACCUGAUAAGGCCCGGGAAUUACAAGAGGUUCAGUGAGUGGGGCGGCAGGAGCGCCAGGGUCGGCUCCAUCAGGCGGAUCAUGGACUAUUGAUCCCUUUUGG